AGAGUAUCUGAGAGUUGUGCAAAGGAUUGCAUUGUUGGAUAUGUAUCGUUAGUCUUUUUUUUUAUCGUUAUUAAUAUUUAUCGUUAUCGCUCAUCAAAAUGUUUGCUGGCAGAGAUGGUUCUGAGAAGCUACAGCACUCUUCAGCUUUACACCCACUGUCAAGUAAAGACUGGUCACUCAAGCCGGAGAACAAUGUGGAGGGCAGGAACUGUGGGGUUAUGGAAGGAUAUCUGUUCAAGCAAGCAAGUAAUACUUUCAGAAUCUGGAACAGACGCUGGUUCAAAGUUGAGGACAAUCAGCUGAUGUACCAGGGUUUCAAGAAUGGGUCCACUGUAAUGAUGAAUGAUCUGAGGCUGUGUGAAGUUAAGAACUUCAACAACACCGGCUGCCGCUUCUGCUUUGAAGUGACUUCAUCCACAAAGAGCUGUGUGCUGAAGGCUGAUUCAGAGAUGACGAAACAGGUUUGGAUGAGAGCUAUUCAGAACAGGGAAACGUCUUGCACAGACAGCUCACAUGACUCUGAGUUGAAGGAUCCAGUUCGAGAGAUGGUCAAGAAGCGUAAGGUGAUGAAUGUCCAGGGAAAAAUGAGAGAAGUUGCACUGAGAUUGGAAAUGGCAGAGAACCCAGGAGUGAAGGAGCAGCAAGAAGAUGAGGACCAUAAAAUGAAUGUUCUGCAAAACAGGAGACCAAUCAGCACAAAUAUCCUCACGGCUGAAGAGUUGGACCAGGUCUGUCCCGGACGGCAAAUUGGGAUUUCCAUCGUCACAUGGAAUAUGGCUGGACAGAAGGAGCUUCCAGACAAUCUUAAUGAUCUGUUUCCUCCAACGACCGCUGAUUUUUCACAAGACAUGUACGUCAUUGGGGUGCAAGAAGGAUGUCCUAAUAGGGAAGAAUGGCAACGCAAACUGCAAGAAACUCUCGGCCAGCGUUAUGUCAAGCUCCAUGCAGCAUCGCUUGGAGUUCUCUCUCUCACCAUCUUCACACGUACCGUCCUCACACAUUACUUUUCCCAAGUGAAAGAUGCCACGGUCACCACUCGAUUUUUCCCCCAGAUUAAGACCAAAGGAUCAGUGGGUGUUAGCUUUACCUUCUGUGGGAUGUCCUUCCUCUUUAUCACAUCUCAUUUUAAUUUUUCAACUGGAGUUUCCAAAGUGUCCCAGAGAAUACAAGACUACAAAAAGAUGAUAACAGGUCUGGCCCUUUCCCAGCAUUCUAAUGGCACCAAGCCUGACCCUAACUUGGAUGUAACCACCCAGUAUGACGUAGUCUUCUGCUUUGGCGACUUUAACUUCCGCCUGACUGAAGACCGUGAAAGCGUGAUGGCCACUUUGUAUCAUCACACUGGGGACAACAUGGAUGUCCUCCUCCAGCAUGACCAGCUCAGCAAAGAAAUGGAUAAAGGUUCAGUCUUUAGAGGAUUUCGUGAGGCCCCAAUCCACUUCACUCCCACCUAUAAAUUUAACAUGGGCUGCGAUGUUUAUGACACCUCUUCAAAGCACCGAACUCCAGCAUAUACAGAUCGGAUCCUUUACAGGAGCAAAAAAAAAAAGGAUAUCAAAGUGAUCCAAUAUGAUUCUUGCCCAACUGUCAAGACCUCAGAUCACCGGCCUGUCAUGGGCACAUUCCAGGUCAAAGUUCAGCCUGGUACAGGUUGGUAUGGAGUCCAUCACUGCCCUCUGUUUUGAAAGCACUGUGUACCAUGAAGAAACGAUGAACCAGAUGACAAAGCAAAAGAAGUUAAGAGUAAGAAUCCCGGACGUGUCACUUAAUCCGAACAACAAAAAGAAGGACAAUGUGGAGGUCUGAAACAGAUGAGAACCAGGUCUGAGGGAACUCAGUACUUCAAGACCUGUUGGGACCUGUUCAGAAAGGCUGCUACAUACGACCACGCCAGAGAUUUUGAGGAAUACAUAGGAUCUGUUUGUUACAUUAGCAAGUGUAUAAAUGUUUUUAAUCACCACACGUGCAAGCCAGUAGCCAUGGACUUAUAACCGCACUGGAGAGUGCGCUACCGAAAACCUGAGACACUGCUUUCGGAUCGGACGACAGGGUAGCCCUUGCUGUUCCAAUACUUUCAGAGGGGACUAUAUAAAGAGACUUUUCAUAAAGAUUUUUGUGUGAGGAUUUUAAACAAAAAAAAAAUUUGUUCUAUGUAUUUUGUCAUUAUUUAUUCUGUAAGUGCUUCAAUUAAAAAUAAACAAUUACUUCAAGUAG